CCUUUUCAAAAAAUAAAAAGAAACCUCUUUAAAAGACCUAUAUCGAUCGUGCGGCAUAACAUAAAAGCGGGACAUAGUUCGACCGAUACCUAACCAUCCACAAGGAUAUUUUACGCCAGCAACAUGAAGUUGAUGCGUACAGCGACAUCGGUCGCGCUGGUGCUGCUGCUGGCCACAAGCUAUGCACAGGCUGGUGGCGAUGAAAAGGUGGAGGCUGCCGAGAAGACAGCAAUUGAGCCGACGGAGAAGAAGGCUGUGGAGACAGCUGCUGCUGCCGAAGACACCACAAAAUCAAAGCGUGGCUUGCAUCACUAUGAGGAUUACCAUCACCAUCAUGUGCCACACUAUCCCGUCCAUGAGGAGAAGACACUGACGGUCAUCAAGAAAGUGCCAGUGCCAGUGCCCAUUGAGAAAAUUGUCCAUGUGCCCGUUGAGAAGCACAUUCAUGUGCCCGUGAAAGUCAAGGUGCUAAAGCCCUAUCCAGUUGUCAAGCAUGUGCCCUAUGAGGUAAAGGAGAUCAUCAAGGUGCCCUAUGAAGUGCCACAGCCAUAUCCCGUCGAAAAGAAGAUUCCCUAUGCUGUUCAUGUGCCCUAUGAUCGCCCAGUGCCCGUCAAGGUACAUGUGCCCGCACCCUAUCCCGUUGAGAAGAAAGUCCAUGUGCCCGUCAAGGUUCAUGUGCCCGCACCCUAUCCCGUCGAGAAAAUUGUCCACUACAAGGUAGAGAAGCACGUGCAUGUCGACAAGCCCUAUCCCGUUGAGAAGGUUGUGCACUACCCAGUCAAGGUGCCCGUCGAGAAGCCAGUUCCCCACUAUGUGGACAAGCCAGUGCCCCACUAUGUUGACAAGCCAGUGCCAGUGCCCGUAAUCAAGAAGGUGCCCGUGCCCGUUCAUGUGCCUUAUGAUCGUCCAGUGCCCGUCCAUGUGGAGAAGCCAGUGCCGUAUGAGGUGAAAAUCCAUGUGCCUGCCCCAUACCCAGUGAUCAAGGAAGUGCCCGUUAAGCAUGAGAAACAAGUGCCGUACCCAGUGAAGAUCCCAGUGGAGAAGCCCGUCCAUGUCCACAUUGAGAAGCAUGUUCCCGAGUAUCAUGAGAAGCACGUCAGCUACAAGGAGCCAGAGUUUGUCCACAAACACAUCGAGGAGGAGCAUCAUCAUCAUCAUGAGCCCAUCCAUCAUCAUUCAUCGUAUUCGGCACCCAUUGAGGAGCAUCAUGAACAUGAGCAUGAGCAUUGAUAAAAUCGGUUAUGAACGGUAACGGUUAUGAGUGGAUAAAUAGCUAAACAUAAC